AUGGGCGUCACCGACUGGUCUAACCCCAAGGGCGACGGCAGCUUCAAGCGCCAGGUCUCGGCGUUCCGCGACCACAUCGAGAAGGGCGGCAAGUUCCCUCCCGAGAAGGGCCGCUACCACCUCUACGUCUCGUACGCGUGCCCAUGGGCGCACCGUGCACUGAUUGUGCGCCAGCUCAAGGGUCUCGAGGACUUCAUCGACGUUUCGGUCGUUCACCCUCACCUUCUGGAGGGCGGGUGGCACUUUGUUCCCGCGUCCAAGGAGAACGAGACCCCGGGAGCAUGGACGGACCAGAACAACUACACCUUCCCCGGUGCGACGAUCGACCACCUCUUCAAGUACGACAACCUCUCGGACGUUUACUUCAAGGCUGAGCCCAACUACGACGCGCGCUACACCGUUCCUGUCAUUUUCGACAAGAAGGAGGGCACGAUUGUCUCGAACGAGUCCUCUGAGAUCAUCCGCGACUUCACGCAGGUGUUCGACGACCUCCUUCCCGAGGGCAAGGGCAAAGACCUUGACCUGUAUCCUGAGGAGCUGCGCGGGGAGAUCGAUGCCCUCAACGAGUGGGUGUACGACGGCAUCAACAACGGCGUGUACAAGAGUGGCUUUGCUAGCACGCAGGAGGCGUAUGACAAGGCUGUCAAGGUGCUGGCCGAGAGUCUCGACCGGGUCGAGGGCGUGCUCGCCGACGGCCGCGAGUUCCUUGUCGGCGGCCGCCUUACUGAGGCUGACGUCCGUCUCUUCACCACUAUCGUUCGCUAUGACCCCGUCUACUACGUCCACUUCAAGUGCAACUGGGGCAUGAUCCGCCACGACUACCCCCACCUCCACCGCUGGGUGCGCAACCUGUACUGGAACUACCCCGCGUUCAAGGACACUACCCACUUUGACCACAUCCGCUCGCACUACUUCUACUCCCACAAGCAGAUCAACCCCUUCCGCAUUGUGCCGUACGGUCCCAACGUUGACAUCGAGCCGCUUGACAACGACAGCAAGCGCAAGGCUGAGGGCGAAGGCGGCAACGUCGCCAAGGCGGCUAAGAAGUGA